UCAUUACUACUAUUUCUUAGCAAGAAUCAAGAAUCAGAAUUCAGCCCGGCACACUCUUUACACACAUACACACACACUAUGCUAUACAACUCUCUAUAGAUUAGUAUACCGACACUGACUGGCCCUACCCACGAGAAAUCUAAUGAUGUUUUAUUAAUGUCUAGGUCCCUCAUUCGCCAUCCAACAGCCCUCAGUUUGUCUGCCCCACAAAUCUGGAUCUCCACCCUCCAUUCAGAUCCAACCCCCUCAUACUCCCUAUCUUAUCCCACCACCACCCCCCCUAGAUCUCUGCUCAUUGCUCAAAACAUACACAUAACACUCCCUCCUGCCGAAAACACACACUAACACGAGCUACCUCACUCUCUAGAUCUGUGGGCAUUGCAAAAUAUACGCAGUAUAGUAUACACGGAGGAGUGUGGAAAGAUUACAUUUUUCUUUUCUUUUUGAGCUUGUGGGUAGUGUGUUGUGAUGGUGGAGGUACAGUCUUGGACGACAAGAAGGGGCAGCAACCCCCGUUUUGAGCCCAACAAUGACCAAGUCUUGGACAUUCCGGUGACCCCAACUGCUGAAAUCCGUCAGCAGCAGUAUGGUUCUUUGAUCUCUCCCAACUUUCUGACCGCGGCCAUUAUAGCAUCGUGGUAUUUCUCAAACAUUGGAGUGCUGCUGCUGAACAAGUAUUUGCUCAGCUUUUAUGGGUACAGAUACCCCAUUUUCUUGACAAUGUUGCACAUGCUGUCUUGUGCUGCUUAUAGUUUGUUCGCAAUAAAAUGGCUCGAGAUCGUGCCCUUCCAGCAAAUACAUAGCCGCAGGCAGUUUUUCAAGAUUCUUGCUUUGAGUAUCAUAUUCUGCUUCUCAGUUGUUUGUGGAAAUACUUCUUUGAGGUACCUCCCCGUUUCGUUCAACCAGGCUAUUGGGGCAACGACCCCCUUUUUCACUGCUAUUUUUGCGUUUGUAAUUACUUGUAAGAAGGAGUCUGCCGAGGUUUAUUUAGCACUUGUGCCGGUGGUUUUGGGCAUAGUUUUGGCUAGUAACAGCGAACCCCUGUUCCAUCUGUUUGGGUUCUUGAUGUGCAUUGGCUCAACUGCUGGCAGAGCAUUGAAAUCUGUGGUUCAGGGGUUGUUAUUAACUUCUGAAGGUGAGAAGUUGCACUCAAUGAAUCUUUUGUUGUACAUGGCUCCAAUGGCAGCCAUGAUAUUGCUGCCUUUUACUUUGUAUAUCGAAGGAAACGUGUUGGCAGUCACCUUGGAGAAGGGCAGGGGAGAUGGAUUUAUGGUGUUUCUAUUGAUUGCCAAUGCCACGGUCGCGUACUUGGUUAAUUUGACUAAUUUUUUGGUCACAAAGCAUACGAGUGCAUUGACGUUGCAAGUGUUGGGGAACGCUAAGGCUGCAGUGGCUGCCGUUGUGUCGGUAUUGAUAUUUAGGAACCCGGUGACGGUGAUGGGGAUGAUGGGGUUCGCCAUCACGAUAAUGGGAGUGGUUCUUUACAGCGAGGCCAAGAAGAGAUCCAAAGCUACAGCUCAUUGACAGCAAAUUCUUGAUUGAUACCUAUGAGGCCGGACACACAAUUAUAUCGGUAUGACCCUUUCUUGUGCCUUCAAUUUAGAAGUUAAUUGUGGGAUCAAAAGGUUAAGAUAUUGUACAGGAAAGACGGGAUGGGGCAAAAGGAUUCCGCGUUAAUGCUGCUUUCUCUUUUUGCUUUGCUUUUGUAUAAUUGUUCUGAAUAGGGGUUGGUUAAGAGAAUAAAGUUGUCUCUUUUACUUUCCCCUUGCUGUCAUUUUAUACGUUUUUGCACGAAAUUAGAACUCGCAUAAAGACAUGAUUCUUUGGAAAUUGUUGUUGUAAUUUGUGGAGGUAAAAGUUGCCCCCCACAUCAUUGUCAAACAUAUCUUCUGUUACCUGGUUCGAUGCAAUCCUGAAUCAGUUCUUCUCUGUUUGCAUUC